UUCCCCGACUCCGCCAGCUACGCUCUGCGAUGUAUCCUCCCGUGCGAGUGGUGAUGCCGUGCGUCGUCCUUAAUCAGCUGUGCUUUCGCAAUGUGAGUGUGUGAUACCUGCGAUUCGGGGAUACUCCGCAGCAUGGGCAAAGAGCAGGAACUCCUCGAAGCCUCUCGCAAUGGAAACCUGGCCGUGGUGGAGCGGAUUCUCAGUCAAAGAGCCAAAAAGACGGGACCACUGGCGAGCCUCCGGCGUGGCCCCGGGACCAAUGCGCACGACCCCAGCGGCUACACGUCGCUGCACCACUCGGCGCUCAACGGGCACCGGGAGAUCGUCGCCCUGCUGCUGGACCACGAGGCGUCGGCGAACGCGGUGGACGGUCGCGGCUGCACUCCCUUGCACCUGGCCGCCUGGACGGGCAACUUGGACGUGGUGCGGCUGCUUCUCGAGAGGGGACCCUCGGUGGCCGACCCGAACCACGUCAACCAGGAGCACGAGACGGCGUUGCACUUCGCCGCCCAGUACGGACACGCGGCGGUAGUGGCCCUUCUGUUGGCGCGCGGCGCCGAGCCCGGGCUUCGGAACGUUCGUGGCGAGAGCCCGCUGGACCUUGCCGCCCAGUACGGCCGGCUGGACAGCGUGGAGCUGCUGGUGAGCGCGCAGGCGCACUCGCUUCAGCGGCUCGCCACGGCGCACCACUCGCCCCUCCACCUGGCGGCGCGGAAUGGUCACCGGCAGGUAGUGCGCCUCCUGCUCGACCGGGGAUUCCCCGUCAACUGCCGCACCGACAACGGUACGGCGUUGCACGAGGCGGCCACCUUCGGCAAGCUGGACGUCGUCCGGCUACUGCUCGACUACGGCGUGGACGUGGACCUCCGCGAUGCCCAGAACCGCAGGGCGACGGACGUUCUCGAGGAGCUCAACACGGGCAUCGCCAAACAGGCACGGGACAUGAUCCGAGAGCGCGCCGAAGCGGACAGCGGCGGUUCGGCGGACGCCAGUCCGCGCUCCAUCAGCCCUCCGCCGGCGUUUGCGAGUCCCGCGCCGCGGCCCGUGCAGUCUUCGGGCCUCCCGCGGCGCAACUCGGCCGGGCUGGGCGGCUCGCAGGACAUGCUGCUCGACAUGCACGCCUCCAGGCACGCCAAGAGGCCCUCCCUCGGCGACGUGGCCCGGGCCUCUUCCCUGCGUCCCCUGGACGACCACCACCACCAUCGGUCGACGGGCAACGGCGGUGGGGGCCUCGUGCUGAGCCUGAGCCCCGCCGAGUUGGCGCAGGUCCCUCCGCCGGCCUUCUUCACCUCGGCGCGCUCCUUCGACGAGGAGAGCACCACCACCAGCACCGCCGGCUGGAACGCCAACACCACGUCCUCCUCGGGCUACCUGCCCAUGUCGGCGCUGCACCACCAGCAGGGCACCAAGCCGCUGCCCCCUGCGAAACCGCCUCGCCGCUCGGUGGCCUGCUCUCCGGGCGUGUACGAGCAGCUGUGCCUGGCCACCACCGGAGGUCCGCAGAGGAGGAGGCGGCUGUCCUCCGGAGACUCGCGCUCAUCCGCCGAGUACGUGGACAUGCGGCCCAACGCAUCUGCGGCCCAGCAGCAGCAACAGCAACAGCAGCAGCAGCAAGCGCAGCAGCAGCCUCCUCACCUGGACAAUCACAGCGACGCCUCGUCCAGGCUGUGCGAGCUCAGCAGCCUCUACGACCAGGCGGCCAGCGAGUGUCUGCAGCAGCAGGGCGGGCGGGCGCCGCAGCACACCCGGUCGGCGAGUGACAACACGGGCGCCCCUUCGGACGAGAGGCCCGCCAGCCUGGCGCUGCACUCCUCCUCGUCGGGAUCCAAGCGGGCCACGGUUCAAAUCCCGCUCAGCCCGAGCCACUACGACCAGCCGCCCACGCCCGAGUUCCCGCCGCCCUCGCCGGGAACGGCCGAGUCCGGCAUACACAGCAAGAUGAGGCCCCUCAGCAGGGAGUACGUGGUGCAGCAGCAGCGUAGACGUCGUCUCGGAAGCGACGGCAGCGGUAGCCGGCGCAGCUCGCGCGACGUCGACACCCUGACCGACGAGGACGAGUUGCUGCUCGAGCUGAACGGAGGGGACGCCCCGUCGUCGACCGCCACGCUCAUCGUGUCGUCGUCCUCGUCGUCCCAGCCACCCGCGUCGGGCAUCGUCGAAGAGAUCGUCGAGGAGAACCCGUUCGCCGGCUUGUGCCGGGGUUCCAGCAAGACGGACGAACCCCAGUCAACAGCCCCGGCUGCGACCGAGCCUGGACGACCUCGGCCAGGCCCCAAGCCGGCACCGCCACCACGCAAGCGUGGGCCUCCAGUUAGACAUCACUGCAGUAAGUCCACUAAAGAUGGUGAACCAGCGGAAGAGACGCGGAGGCAACAAGAGCACACCGCAAGCCCCUUUGACGAGAACGCAGAGUGGGCAGAAAUUGCAGACAUCAUGGCAUCAUUUGGAAGUGGCAUUGCGAGGGAAUCCAUUUUUGCCAGAGACCUAGAGGAGGAGUUUGCCCGCACACUUACAAGGCAGCACAAGAAGAAAUCAGAAACGAAUGGGUCUACGUCUUCAUGUCCUGAAAACAUCGAGCACUGGCUCCAAGACCUCGGUCUUCCAGAGUAUGCCAACUUGCUUCUGGUGAAUGGAUACGAUGACGUUCGGUUUCUGGGAGGUGGACUUGUCGAAGACCAAGACCUUCUCGACAUGGGAGUGUCCAAUGCUGAGCACCGGCGGCUUAUGGUAGAGUCUGCGGCACAGAAGCUUCCCCCAGUUCCUCGAUUAGAGCCCGGAUCAGAUCCGGGUUUGGACGCCUGGCUAGACUCCAUUGGUCUUGGCUGCUAUGCACAACGGUUCCGGGACAAUGGGCUUGGCUCUCUUGACCGCUGCCGGCAGAUUUGGGAACUCGAACUGAACACUGUUUUAGAAAUUGGCAAACUGGGACACCAGAAACGAAUACUCGCGUCCUUGGGUGAACGGGCAAACAAUAGCUAUGCUGACCUCGAUGAGCUGGACCUCGGUCUUUCUAAAUUGAACAUGGGCCUUCGGGAGCUUGGGGUUGAAGACGAUGACAGGCUGGCGCCAAGUAGUCUUCGAAUUCGGCCACCAACGCAGCUGAUGAGUGAUCCCGGUCGAUCUCCUGCAUCGCAUAGCACUGCCAGUACGGCAGCUGCCCAGUGGAGGCACGACCCAGAACUUCUCAUCAAUGGCUCCUGUGAAUACACUGCACAUUACCUUGGCUCGACCCUUGUGAAGGAGCUGCAGGGGACAGAAUCGACGCGGCAAUCAAUCCACAAGCUCAAGACAUCGACGCGCAAGAUGGGCAAAGUGCCCUGUGUGCUGCUGUCGGUGUCACACCGUGGAGUCAAGUUUGUUGAUGCUGUCACAAAGCGCCCUGUGUGUGAACACGAGAUUCGAAAUAUCCACUGUGCCUGCCAAGAUGCUGAGGACCUGACUCACUUCGCCUACAUCACGAAAGAGCACCAAACAAACCAUCAUUACUGUCACGUCUUCUGCGCUCAGACAAUGGAGCUGGCCACGGAGAUCAUUCUGACGCUGGGCCAGGCGUUCGAGGUGGCCUACCAGCUCGCGCUGCGCGGUCAGAGCGGCAACGGCACGGUGGGCGGCCACCAGGACAAGUCGUCGUGCCAGCGGCUACCGCCGACGAACUCCCACCGGACAUGACAAUUGUCGACGAGGUUCUGAGCUGGAAACAGAACCUCAAACCGGACGCUGCAGUCACACGUCAUCGCUUCUCCAUCGAUGUCGACGCGAGCGUCGAGUUUCGCGGCCGCGUCGUCUUGUCCCCACGCCGCCGCACUUUACUUCGGGCGCCAGCGUUUUCCGUCGAACAAAAGGUGAAGACGAGGUCCUCUUCUGCGUGGUCGCAGCCAGGCCGCUGGUGACGAAACGAGAGCCCCGGAUUGAAACGCCGUCUUGUCAGUCACGUGAUCUGCCCUUACGUGGACGGGUGGACUAACGGCCGUGGUGUGCUUCGUAGAGCCAUUGACGACGACUCAGCUGGAAAUGGGGGGAUUCUUCAACCACCCUCACACCGGUGAUGGAUUUCCAGUUUGUGUUUCAGUUGCCCCGACAUCGAGGCACGACGGCCGUCUGUGUGAAGAUUUAGUGAUCGGUUUUUGUUCCUAGGCGCUGAGUAUGACAAGAGUUGGUGUGGCUGGGUCUCCUUGUUCGGCCUUGGAACCCAUCCGGCGUGGUUUGUGUGUAGGCGUGGAACGGCGGUUCCCUGGCUGCGAACGCCUUCAGUGUACGGGCCGCCGCCGUAACGCCAUCUUUGUAGGGGCACCGCCGGUUUGUGGACUACGUUCUGCUUUCGGUACGAAGUGUAGGGCCGAGAGGCUAAGACAGGAGUUUGGAAAAAAGUGCAUGGCAGCUUAGCUGGGGGUCGUGUCAUCGGGCUAUACGCCAUGGUGGCUACGAAUUUCGGCGACAUGAAACUUGCGGGACUUUGUUGGUGGAGGAGAAAUCACCUGCCAAUUUUUGCGUAUUUAAUGUAACUGGAACGCGCGCGAUCACUUGGGUGGUGAUGACUUGGACUUUCU